UAAAAAUUUCAUAUUUAAAUAAGCUGUUGUCUCAGCUGAAAACACCAUUCUUAGAAUAGUUUUGAAAAUAUUUAGUUAAAUAAAUUUUUUCAUACAUAUUCCUUUUUUGUAAUAAAUCAUUAUCGCUUGUGUUGAACAUUUGUUUCAAUAUGGCGACAAAAUUUGAAAUGGCGAUUUGAACGUGUUGUUUACAUUGAGCUUCUAGUCGAUAAGUUCAUGUGGAAAGCAUGCUGUACUAGCAUAAAUCAGUCUUUAGAAGCAUUGUGUGUAUUUUAUGUAUUGGAGGUAUCAAUUUGGCUGUCUGUUAAGGAAUUUGCUGAACUGUAAGGAAAUUAGGUACAAUAACUACUAUGUUUUUGUAUGAAUUGGAUGAUGGACGAAAGGCAUUUGAUUUUUGCAUGAAAGCUGGUUUAAUUUGAUUGAAUUACUUACCUGGAGGAUGGAGGAGAUGGUUGUGAUAAGCUUAAACAUAUGCACAUGAGAAAAGGGUGUUUAAAGAAAAUGCAAAAUUCAAAUUUCUGUCCAGGGAAACCUCAUACAGCGGAAGGUAAAACUUCAGACUGCUGGGAUGAUGAGAACAAUCAUGCUAAAGUAUUUAAUGAUUCUGUUUGUAAUAAUAAGCUAUCUUACAUUGGAAGAAAGGAUGCUUCUUGUGUUUCCAAUUUAAAUUUUUAUGAUGUAGCUGAUAACAAAAGUUCUCAAGAACAUGGUAUAAAUACUUCAGUAGAUGAAAAAGUAUUUCUAGGAAAAAACUCCUCAAAAAUACCACAUCAUUCAACUCUCUCAUCAAGUGAUAAGUUGUGUGAUCUCAAACCUGUACUGAAAUCUGAAACUAUUUUGUCUGAUUGUUUAGAAGAUAAUUUGUAUAAUUCUUUGAUCAAGCAUGAUUCAGUGUCCACUGAUAAAUGUAAAUCUGAUAAUGUUGGUCAUUAUAGUAAUUCACGUGAAGUUUGUGUUGAUGGCUCUCAAAAUUUUUUAAAGAAACCAUUCAGUACUUCUGAAACUGCAAGUACGUACAAUUAUAAUUUACACGAUUUUAGUGAAUUUUUACCAUUUCAUUUCACACCCUCUAAUAAUAAAGCAAAAUACUUUGAUAUUUAUGGUACUUUCCCUUUUAAAAGUCAGGAACACUUAAGUAAUCCCAAACCUGUUUCAUCUCAGUGUACGUUUUAUGAAACUAAAGCUGAUAAACUGUGUUCACGGAAAAAUCAGACUAAAAAAUUUUCAUAUGAAAAUUCUUUAAAAAAAGGUAAACUAAACUUGGUAGGUAAGCUUAAUGAAGAGAAAAAGGAGACAUUUUUGUGUACAAAGAAAAAGACUUUACCUUCUAGGGAUCUAAAAAUGCAGAAUAAGCAAGAAUGGCCUUUUUCUGAAGGUAUGCCACUUUUGGAAAAAAAUACCAUAAAUGAGACAGUAAAGGAUUCUUAUUUACUCAAGACAGAAAAAAUGCCUAAGACAGUUAAUAAUUGUUCUGGUGGACUUAGUAAAGAUGUUACUUUCGAGACAGAGCAAACCGGUUUCAUUGCAGAUAGUUUACCUGAAAUAGCUGCAAACUUUUUAUCUGGGUUCACAACUCUAAAAUCUUCAUCCUUGUUAACACUCCCAGAUGCAAGUCAGCCUAGUUUAACAUGCGGUAUGUUGGAUGAAAAAUUAAGUAAAGAUCUCUCAGCUGUUUCUGAUCAUUUACUUGAAACCAACCAGUGUGAUGUAGGUUCUGUUUAUGAUCUUCAGAAAGACAAAGAUGCUAGUACUGAUUGUGCAUUUCAAACAAAUGAACUUACUGUUGAUUCCAUUGGUGUUCUUCAGAAAGACAUAGAUAUUAAUGCUGAUAGUGCAUUUCAAACAAAUGAGUGUGCUGUAGAUUCUGCAUAUGUGCUUCAGAAAGGCACAGAUGGUAAUAUUGAUUAUGCAUUUCAAACAAAUGAUUUUACUGCAAAUGCUGUUCAGAAAGGCAAAGAUGCUAAUAAUGACUGUGCAUUUCUAACAAAUGAGACUGCUGCAGAUUCUGCUUAUGUGCUUCAGAAAGACAAAGAUAAUACUGAUAGUAAAUUUCAAACAAAUGAUAGUACUGCACAUGCUGUUCAUGUUCUUCAGAAAGACAAAGAAGGUAGUACUGAUUGUACUUUUCUUACAAAUGAGUGUCUUGUGGAUUCUGUUUAUAUUCUUCAGAAAGGCAAAGAUGCUAAUACUGAAGGUGCAUUUCAAACUAAUGAGUGUGCUGUAAAUUCUGUUUAUGUUUUGCAAGAAGUUGAAAGUUCUUCAAAAAAUGAAGCAUUUCACUUUUCAGACACUAUUGAAAGUGUUGCAGAAGCCAUUUCAUAUGACAGAAUUUCUAAUGAAGAAAUUUGUGACAGUUUAAAUAAAAUUUUUAAUGAAAAUGAUACUAGUGACAUUACCAUAUGUGCCAUUACUAAUAAAAGUAAUUUAUGUGAUGAAGUAAAUUUUGAUUUUGAAGAAAAAAAUGACAUUAAUUCUGAAUUUUUUCUUAGUAAUUUAAAUAACUCUGAAACAGCAGAUCUUGCAUCUAAUAUAUCAAAAGAAAAUCUCAUAGAUUAUCAGUCAAACAUAUGCGUGGAAGGUAAAGAUCCAGAUAUUUGCAAGUCUGACACAUCUGUACUCUGUGAUAACAAACCUUCUGAAAAUUUAGUAUGCAAAACUGAAGAUUGUUUUAGUGUCAUAAAUAAAGAUGGUAAUGAGAAAACUGAGUCACAGAACUGUGAUCCUGUUAGUUUUAACCUAUCACAACCUUCCGAAAAAAUUAUGCGUGUUUCUGAAUUAAAACACAUUUCAAAUCUUGAAUCAGAAAUGGAAACUGAAAAUGGUGCUGUGAAUUUAAUAAUUCCAGCUAACUUAUAUGAUGUAGCAUUAAUUGGCACUAGCAGUAGUAAUAAUUGUAUAUCAACAAAUGUAAAUAAUUGUAUAUCAACAAAUGUAAACAAUUGUAUAUCAACAAAUGUAAAUAAUUGUAUAUCAACAAACUCAUAUGCACAUAUUUUAAAGAAUUAUGAUGACUGUGACAGUUCAGCUAAUAUUGAAAGUCGGAAUUUUGAUCCGUUAGAAAUGUCAAAAAUAGAACUUUUGCAAAAAGAGAGACAAUGUGUAAAAUCAUUUCAGAAAUCAAAAAAGACAUUUACUCAAAGGACAAAUAAUCACAAACUUAUACCAAAACAGAGUGCUCGGAAAAGUGCUUCAUCUGCAAAUAUUGCAUUUAGUAAUUUUGGUGAUAUAGGUAUUGCAUAUAAACGCUCAGGAAAAUCCAUAAAUGAAAAGCAGAAUAAAGAUAGGAGAUAUGAAAGUAACUUUAAAAAGCGAAAAAUGGGAAAAACAGUGAUUCCUCUUCGUGAAUUUCAGAUAGAGAACUCUGACAGCUCUUCAUCUUCAUCAGUUUUAAGUGUGCAGAAUGAGGACGAUAUCCUUCCAAUUGCAAAGAAAACAUUCAAAAAGCCAUUUACUGCUGCAAGAAAAUCUGUUAUGGAGUCAAGAGAUUUAGUUCCUAAAUUAGCAGCUAAAACUUUUCCAUGUCGACAACAAGCUACAAUAACGCUAACUAACCUUGUAAUCAGUGACAGUAAGGAAGAUUCAGUCACAUUCUUAUCAUUAAAAAAUGCAAGUGAUGGAGAAUCAUCUAAUUUGUCUGAAAUGUCUGAUGAAGAUGUGAGGAAUACUAGAAUUUGCUCUCCAGUAAAGGAAUUAAUGAUAUCUCAUCCUGUAUGUUGCUGCUCUGAGAAAGAAAAGCCAUGCAUUUGUACCGAUGGAAACUUGCAGGAGGUAUGCGAAGGAGAAGAUACAGUUGAUGACAAUAUUAUUCCGUGCUCAAAUAAAGUGUCAAAGCAAUAUUUACUGACUCCAUCAUCAGAGAUUCGGCACAGAGCUUUUUGCGACAUUCAUUUAUGGCGUUUACAGAGGCAUCACUGUUGUCCAAAGUGUGGAGUAUUUUGCACACAGGGGUCAUUCAUGUUAUGUUCUUCUGAUGACACUGGAAAAACUGAUGAUCAGCCUCAUUUGUUUCACCAAGGUUGUUUUCUUCUUCCUGUCCCUGGUUUACCCCCAAGAUGUCCACAUUGUUGUAAAUAUUCUAUAUUUAAAACUAUUAAUUUAUUCUUGAUGACUCAUUCUGGAGUACAAGACAGCAAAAACUGUGAAUUGUCUUCUGAUAUUAAAAAUUUAACCAGUGAUUUGGAAGAUUAUAAUAUUUUGAUGAAAAGUGCAGAUUCCGUUUCUCAAAAAAUAGGUACUGAGAAAAUGCCCUUUGUACCUGAAAGUCAUGAUCUUCAAACGAUGAUUGAUGCUUUAGCCAAUGAUAAAUCCUUGCACCUGAGGCCAAAAGGAAAAUGUCUGUAUAAUCCUAUUAAAACAGGAGAUGUGAAAAAAGUAGUACAUCUUAUAGCAAAUGGCGUUAAUCCUAAUCACAAGUUUAAAAUGCACAAGAAUGCUACUCCUCUUCAUGUUGCAGCCCAUCAUGGUUUCACUGGAAUCAUUCAUAUUUUAUGUCAGGCUGGUGCAUUAAUAGAUACUGUAAAUGAUGACUUAGAAACUCCUCUUAUGGUAGCUGUAGAUAAAAAUCAAAUAUCAGCAGUUCGUUAUCUUGUUCUUUCAGGAGCACAAACUGAUACAAAGAAUGAAAAUGGAUUAACAGUUCUACAUAUAGCAGCUAGAAAUGGCUUUCUGGAAAUAGCUCAAUAUUUAUAUAAUACUGGAUAUUUUGAUAUCAAUAUUCAGGAUGAUGGAGGCUGGACGCCAUUAGUGUGGGCAUGUGAAAACAAGCAUGAUGACUUCAUAAAAUGGUUGUUGGAAAUGAAGGCAGAUCCUAAUAUUCGAGAUGAGGAAGAAAAUACUGCUUUACAUUGGGCUGCUUAUUCUGGAGUGGUCUCAAUAGUUCAGGAUUUGCUAGACAAUGGUUGUAAUCUCAAUUAUGUAAACCUCCGAGGAGAUACUGCUUUGCAUAUUGCUGCACGUGAAGAUAAUUAUGACUGUGUCAGGUUAUUAUUAAUGAAUGGAGCAAUUUUGGACAAGAAAAAUAAGGAUGAUGAAACUCCUAUAAUGUGCUGUGGAGAUAAUUCUUUAUCUUGGAAACUUUUAAAUCACUAUAAAUCUAUGGGUCCUAUAAAAGGAAAACUAGAACAGCGUGUUGUUUUCAGGGAUAUUUCUCGAGGUUCUGAGGUAUUUCCCAUUGAAGUUAUUAAUGAAGUAGAUGAAGAAGAGUUCAUUAUGGAAUUCAGAUAUAUUACCAAAAGCUGUUUUAGAUCAGGAGUGGAUAUAAACACAUUGGUAGACACUAUGCAGCUUUGUUACUGUAGAGACAAAUGCAUUUCUCGAUACUGUACUUGUGUGAUGAGUUCCAAGUGCUGGUAUGACUUGAAUGGCUGUCUUGUCUCUGACUUUGACUUUCAUGGUCCUCCUGCAAUUUUUGAAUGCAACAAGACUUGCCACUGUUCUAAAGCUUGCAUCAACAGAGUUGUUCAGCGAGGUCUACGAAUUCCUUUACAACUAUUCCGUACUUUAAGCCGGGGUUGGGGUGUACGGACUUUACGGAAAAUUCCAAAAGGUUCAUUUGUCUGUGAAUAUGUUGGAGAAUUGAUAACUGGACAUGAAGCAAUUCAGCGGGGAGAUGAUACUUAUUUUUUUGAUCUUGAGAGUGAAACUGCUGAUUACUGUUUGGAUGGUCGUUUUUAUGGCAAUAUUGCUAGAUUUCUUAAUCAUAGUUGCGAGCCUAACUUAAUAGCUCUCAAAGUGUUUGUUGAGCAUCAAGAUUUAAACUUUCCUCGUAUUGCAUUUUUCACUUUGAAAGAAGUACAAGCAUAUGAAGAAUUGUGUUUUGACUAUGGAAUUGAUUUUUGGAUCAUAAAAUGCCAAACUGUCCUUUGUACCUGUAAUUCUAAACUGUGCAAAUAUUCUAAAGACUCCAUUGAUGCAACUUUUGAAACUUAUUUGACUGAGAUGGAAUAAGGGAAGACAACUUCCAUGAUUCUUUCAGCCAAAUGUAUUUUGUAUUAUUUUAUUAGAUAUCUGUUAAAGAUUCUGUUAUUUAACUUCUUAUUUAGAAGGUAUUUCUUAUUGAAUAUAAUGCAAUUUUUGUUGCUUUAAUGAUUUUCAAUAUUUGACUCAAAAGAGGAAACUUGUCUAAAUCUGUUCCAAGAGCAGAAGGUAUUUUUUUCAUAAAACUGUACAUAUUUUGCUAUUUAAAAAUACAGUUCGAGAGUUUUUGAAAGUAUGUCAUUUUACUUAUAUAAAUUUGAGAUAUAAAAUUUAUAAAGUCAACAAAUGUAUAUAACCAUACUGUUUUAUAUUCAACCAUAUGGUAUUAAUAUAUUAUAUGUGUGAUGCAUUUAACAUAACCCAUCAGGCAUUAUGUUAAAAUAAACAUCCAUCUGACUUGUACAUGAAUUUAUAUUGCUGUAUGGAAUGUAUAUUUUUAUAAAUAAUAAACCAGUUGAAUUUUUA